CAGGGAAACCGAGCAGUAGUUAGAUAGAGAGCACACGUGAAGUAGCAGGCAUCAGAAUCUAAGACAGCAUCGAAAAAAACUAAUGAGCCAGAAUGAAGAACCAGUCCUUCCACUAACAUGGACAAGUACGAAAAGGUGAAGAAAAUUGGGGAAGGUUCAUUUGGAAAAGCCAUCCUUGUCAAAGCAAAAGAGGAUGGACGUCAAUAUGUCAUCAAGGAGAUCGGCAUUUCUGGUAUGCCAAGUAGAGAGAGGCAGGAAUCUCGAAAAGAAGUUGCAGUUCUUGCCAAAAUGAGUCACCCCAACAUUGUCCAAUAUAAGGAGUCUUUUGAAGAGUCAGGCUCUCUGUAUAUCGUGAUGGACUACUGUGAAGGUGGAGACCUCUUCAAGAAAAUCAACUCUCAAAAGGGAGUUCUGUUCUCAGAAGAACAAAUCCUGGACUGGUUUGUGCAAAUUUGUUUGGCAUUAAAACAUGUACAUGAUAGAAAGAUUCUCCACCGGGACAUCAAAUCACAGAACAUAUUUCUGACAAAAGAUGGAACUGUACAGCUUGGAGACUUUGGAAUUGCAAGGGUGUUGAACAGCACUGUAGAACUGGCAAGAACAUGUAUAGGGACCCCAUAUUACCUAUCACCAGAAAUCUGCGAAAAUAAACCGUACAACAACAAAAGUGACGUUUGGGCCCUAGGGUGUGUCCUGUAUGAAAUGUGCACUCUUAAGCAUGCAUUUGAGGCUGGCAAUAUGAAGAAUCUAGUUCUGAAGAUUAUACGUGGAUCAUAUCCUCCUGUGUCUGUUCACUACUCCCAAGAACUUCGCUUUCUCUUGGCAAAGUUAUUUAAACGCGAUCCUCGAGAAAGGCCAUCAGUCAACAGCAUUCUGGACAUACCUUUCCUUUCCUCUAGGAUAGAGAGGUUCCUCACACCACAGCUCAUUGCUCAGGAAUUCCGCCAUACGUUUUUUCACAAGCAGCCUAAACCUGGUGCAGUGCAGGGGCCACCAGCCAAACGUCCUGCCCCUGGCUUCAUACCACUUGCCCCAGCCCAAAAAAUUACCAAACCAGCCAGCAAAUAUGGAGUGCCUUUAACUGUAAAGAAGGUUUCAGAUGCAGCCAAAAAGCCAGCAGAGAGGAAACCAGCUGUAAAGCAUAAACCGGCCCCUCUUCCUGCAGUCCCCCAGAGAAGAGAGACAGACGAAGAGAGGAAAAAACAUGAGGAGGGCAUCAGAAAGAGGAGGAUGGAGUUAAUUGAGAAAGAAAGGAAACAGAGAGAGCAGAUGUUCCUGUUGAGAGCAGAACAAAUGAAGAGAUAUGAAAAGGAGAAGAUAAAUCGCAUAAACCAAGCCAGAGAGCAGGGGUGGAAACAUGUAUUGAGUUCUAGUGGAGGCAGCAGCCCAGAAAAGAAGUGUUUUGUAGGUGGUGGUGGUAAGAGGGCUGCGGGUAUUGCCCCCUCUGCCCUGAGCAAAAGAUCUUAUGAACACUAUAAUGCUGCUCUAAACAAAAUAGCUAAACCGCAACCUAAAGACCUCGACAGAGAGACGUCCUCUGCAAGCCCGGGCUCUCCCAUCCGAGGAGUACCGGCUGCUGCCGGUCCAGUGCUGCCUAAUGGCACUGCUCGACUAAACCCUGAUGCAAUCAAGAGAGAGCUUCAGAGGCUGCAGCUUUUUUCUAUACAAGCCCGUAUGAGUAGGCAACGUGGUCAGAUGGGUGCUGGGCGGGCCGAUCAAGUGGAGGAGUUUUUACAGCGCAAAAAAGAAGCCAUGCUAAACAAAGUCCGUGCUGAGGGACAGCUGGGUACUCGGCAAAACCUGGCUGCCGUCUUUGGAAGCAGAGCCGGUUCAUUUCAGUGCAGGCGGCCCAGAGUCAACAAAGAGGAGGAGGAGUACUUAAAAAAACUGAGGCAGAUCCGCUUGCUGAACUUCAAUGAGCGUCAGCAAAUCAAAGCCCGGCUCAGAGGAGAGAAGUAUGACAGUGAUAAUUCCGACAGCCAGGAGUCCAGUGAGGAGGUGGAGCUGAGGAGAAAGAAGAUAGAGGCUUUAAAAGCCCAGGCAAAUGCCCGUGCUGCUGUCCUGAAAGAGCAAUUGGAGAAGAAGAGGAAAGAAGCGUAUGAGAGGGAAAAGAGAGCUUGGGAGGAACAUCUUGCAGCUCGGGGGGUAAAGGUUGGCAUGGCAGCAGGAACCGUAGCAGCGGCAGCAGUAGCAGUAUCAACUACCUCUGACAAUCCUGUUCCACAGCCCAAUCCCUCUGAACCAGACCCAAGUGCCAAAGCUCCAGCCCUACCUGCAUCCAAACCCUCCACCCCAGCUAUAUCCAUGACUGCUGCCCUGAAGAAUGUUGGAGCAAUUACACCACUACAAGAGAAUUUGGUAGAGCCAGAGACUUCAUCAACCAUACAGAGUGAGAAAAAGCAGAUAUUGCGCAGACUAAACCUGAACCUAAAAGGCCAAAGUUCAGCAGAAGGGGGUGAGGAGGUGCAUCCACCCACUGCAGAACCGAGUGCUGCUUCCCAACAGAACCAGCCCGAUACUGACAAAGCCCCCUCCUCAAAUGGAGACCGAAAAAAGUGGGAGGCGGCAGAACUGCCCAUGCUUGCUGUGGCUCAGCAAACCCUAGAGGAAACCUGUGCCACUACAGCUCCCAUCUCAGUGUGUCCAGAAGAAGGGUCUCCUGUUGCAGACAGGAAGAAGUGGGAGUCUGGAGUUCCACUUGUUCUCUCUGUACCUCAACAAACUCUAGUGGAGACACAUUUCACAACCAUUGAGAAAACAGUAGGUGAAGUCAUAAGGAUGGGUGGGCUGCAGGAGGAAGCCUCUAGGAAAGCUUGGGGAGAGACUUCACACUCUCAGGUGUUGAGAGUACUUCAGGAAGCAGAGCUUCAGCCUCUCACCCAGCAGCUGGAGAAUGUCACCAUCUGUGAGGAGGGUUCUAAUUCUGAUGCCUCUAAACAAGCACCUGGCAAUGCCAUGGCACCUGAAGAAGUGUUUAUCUCAAAGUCACCUUCUGUUGAUGCCACUGAAAUUCAGAGGGAGAAUUCGGUUACAACAGAGGCCUCCAAUCAAGAAACGUCUGUGUCUGCCAGUAAAGUAGAAGGAGCAUCACUGCCACCCGACUCUACUGAGGCUGCUGAUCCUACAGAUAUAGAGUCAGUGGUUUUGGAAGACACACCUAAACAGGCCUUAUCCCACCCAGCUGGUGUUCGAAAAGCAUGGGAGCGGGAAGCUCAACCAUCAGUGCCACCAGGGGGCGAUGUAGGACCAAGUUACACUAAGGUGGAUGAGAAGCAUGUCCAGAAAUCAGCAGAACCUUCAGGUCUAGCACAGUGUGAAGAGCCUCUGUUUGUGAAGCUGUGCUCCCCUGCCCACCGACGCACUGCUGCCCUUGCAAUUCUUUCAGCCCAGUCCUCUAUGGAUGAAUCAUCCUCCUCUCUGGCCUCUCGAUCACGCUCCGUCUCACCUCUGCGCUCAAAACACCAUGACUCCCUGCUCAUUGGUCUCUCUACGGGCAUGUUUGACGCCAACAACCCUAAGAUGCUGCGAACGUGCUCGCUACCAGACCUCAGUCGUCUCUUCAGCACUCAGCACUACUCUGGAGUGACAAGUGACGCUAAUGUGGCACCUGACAACAAUCUGGAAAUCGAGGACCUGGAAGACGCAGCUAAAGAUGAUGACCAGUCUGAGAAUGAAGAUGCAUAUGAGGAUGAAGAUCUGCAGGACAUCAGGGCCUCUAUGGAGAGACUGCUGCAAGAAGAGGCAGGAGCAGGUGAUUUCAAUGGAAACCCUCCUGACGGCGAAGAUCACGAGCUUUUCAACAGAAUAGCAGCUGAAAUCGAUCAUGACAGUCACAUGGCUGUGGACGACGAUGACGAUGAAGAGGAUGACGAUGAAGAGGAGGAUGAAGGCGAGGAGGAGGAUGACGAGGAGGAAUGCUUUGAUGAAAGCCCCGGUGAUGAGGAAGCUGGGGAGCUGCUUACCAAUGGUGUGGGAGAGAAUGGCAGUAAUGACAGCCAGCUCAAUGAAGAGUGGCAUUCAGAUGGCAGUGCAGAGGAUCAGGGCAGCGAGGUCGAACAUCACGACAGCAUCUUUAGUCGCCUGGAAGAGCUUCGCUUCAACCUGGAGCAGCAGAUGGGCUUUGAGAAGUUCAUCGAGGCUUACAAUAAGAUUAAGGCUAUACAUGAAGAUGAAGAUGAGAAUAUUGACCUGGGCUCUAGUUUGGUUUUGAGCAUUUUGGGAACUGAACACCAGCACCUGUAUUCCAACAUCCUUCAUCUAGUGAUGGCAGAUGGUGCAUAUCAAGAAGAUAAUGAUGAAUAAUAUUUCGGCAAUGGAGCCGCUGGCAAAUAUGACAAUCUUCUAGCAAUCUGAUGUCUUCCUAUGACGCACACUAUCAGCAGAAGGAUCUAUGCAUGACGGGUUGCAGCCAUGCAUCUAACAGUGUUCAGAAACACUUGCAUGAAGAAUAUUUAGGACGCCCAAGGCUGUUUUUCAUACUUUCGUACUUCUCAGCACCUGAUAUUAUUGUUGAAGUGUUUAUUUGAAAGUGCAUUAUCGAAUACAUGUUCCUAAUAACCAAAGUAAACUUCAAGGUUCUGUCACUUGUUGGUGAAAGUCUAUAUACACGUAUGACAGGUAUUUCAUAUUCAUAAAAUUGUGAAAGCUCGUUCAGCUUGUUGUUGGAUCUGCAGUGGUGAGAUUGAGUCUUCUCAGGUGUUCUCUUUUUCUAACUGUCACACAUUCAAUGUUUGCUUCAGAUCAUAAACCAGGUGACCCUCAAAACUACAACGAUUUACUCAGAGCAAGUUUAACCUCACUUUCUUACAGUUUUCACUACACAAAAAGUUAGACGUUACCUAAUAGGACCAGACAUUUCUUAAUAUUUUAUUUAAACUAAUUUACUACAUGAUCAUAGAGAGACUGUUGCCAUGGUAUUGUAGCAAGGCUGACGUCGGGGCAGUGGGUGUAACGUCGGUGAGCGAGGUCAGGGUUAUGGUUGGUGCAGAAAAUUGCACUGUUGAUAAAAGCAAUGUUGAUCAUGCUAACGAUAAUUCUUGUGAUUUUUUUCAAGUAAAUAUUGUAAAUGUUUACAUAAUAAACACAUUUUUUAGAUAAGCUGAAA